AUGUAUCAUAUUAUUUCGUCAAACAUAAAUAAUAUUAAUAAUAAAUCAAAUAAACCGAAUGAUAAUAAAAAUGAUAAAACUAAAUUUAAUUCAAAGAUCUUAGUGAUUGUAUUGAUUGGUAUAAUAUUCCAUGCAGUAUUCACAUUAAGUAUUUUUGAUAUCUAUUUCAGAUCACCAUUAGUACAUGGGAUGACACCACAUCCUAUUAAUUUACCAGCUCCAGCAAAAAGAUUAGUUUUAUUUGUUGCUGAUGGAUUAAGAGCAGAUAAAUUUUUUGAAAUUGAUGAAAAUACAGGUAAAUCUAGAUCACCAUUUUUAAGAAAUAUAAUUGAAAAUAAAGGAACAUGGGGUAUUUCACAUACAAGAGUACCAACAGAGACAAGACCAGGACAUGUUGCAUUGAUAGCAGGUUUCUAUGAAGAUGUUAGUGCGGUUACAAAGGGAUGGAAAGCGAAUCCCGUAGAAUUUGAUCAUCUUUUCAAUGAAACUACCUAUUCAUUUGGUUAUGGUAGUCCAGAUGUUUUACCAAUGUUUUCAGAAGGUGUACCACAUAUGCAAUCAGAAUCCUAUCCAGAGGAAGCAGAGGAUUUCGCAUCAGAUGCAUCAAAAUUGGACACUUGGGUAUUUGAUAAAGUUCAACAAUUACUAUUAAAUGCCUCAACCAAUGAUCAAGAAUUGAACAGAAAGUUACGUUCAGAUAAAGUAUCAAUAUUCUUACAUUUAUUAGGUUUGGAUACAAAUGGUCAUGCAUAUAGACCAAAUUCAAAGGAAUAUUUUGAUAAUAUUGCUUUGGUAGAUAGAGGCAUUGAAAAGAUAGUAAAGUUAAUCGAAGAUUUCUAUGGUAAUGAUGGUAAGACAGCAUUUGUUUUCACUGCAGAUCAUGGUAUGAGCAAUAGAGGUUCACAUGGUGAUGGUGAACGUGCAAACACAGAGACACCAUUAGUCGUAUGGGGUAGUGGUGUGAGAGGUCCGUUAUCAUCAGAUCUUCAAAUGGAGAGAAUUGCAUCACUUCGUGGCAAAGCAAAGGAGAUGUUACCAGUUAAUGUAGAAACACCAACCAAUUGGAAACUAUCAUCAUUGUUCCGAUCAGAUGUAUCACAGGCCGAUAUUGCACCAUUGAUGACCUCAUUGUUGGGUGUGCCAAGUCCAUUGAAUUCAGUGGGUGUAUUACCCACCGAAAUCUUAUCCGAAGAUACACCACAAUAUACAACUGCUGCAUUACGUGCAAAUACCUUACAAAUUUGGGAGAUGUACAAAAUUAAAUCUUCCUCUAAACAGCAAAGUACCCUCAUAUUCUUUUCACCAUUCACAAAGUUAAGCGAUGCCGAUAGAAUGUUUGAAAGAAUUGAGCAACAUAUUAGCCUCUCACAAUGGGAAGAUGCACAAAUCCUAUGCCAUCAAAUGAUCGAUCUCUGUUUAAUGGGUUUAAAUUAUUUCCAAACCUAUGACCGUCCCUUUCUUAUGACCGUAAUUACAAUGGGUUAUUUUGGUUGGAUCAUUACACUCUCACUUUAUGUAUUAAACAAUUAUACCUCAAUUGGCAUAGAGAAUUGUAAUCAACAGAAAUUAAGCACACAAAUGAAAAGAUUCAAAACUUUAUCAAAUUAUUUAAUCUUUAUCGAAAGUAUUGCAUUGGUUGGAUUCUUAUUGGCAACUGAUGCUCCAUUACUCUAUUAUCUCUAUUGUGUGUUUUUAGUAUUGUUUUGGGCGAAAACCAUUCCAUCGAAUAUUGUACCAUUAUAUAUUUUCAUUUGCGAUUCUUUCUCACAAGUCUCUUCAACUCGUGGUCAUUUCAUCAAUACAAAUAAUAGCGCAAACCUUUCAAUCAUAAAGAAUUUCAUCAUAUUAUCAGUCUCUGCCAUCUCUGUUAUGGAGUUAUUGGUUGUCUCUUAUUUCCAUCGUGGUGUACUCUCUUUGUUAUAUCAAAUUUUAGGUGUAGUAUCUGUGUUUUUCUUUUACAAUCGUUCUGGUGCUGGUAAAACUUCAACUUUAUUAAAAUCACUUUGGCUCAUAUCUUGCCUUUUAAUGUCAAUUUUCCCAUCAUUACCAAUCGAUUAUGGUAGUGAUACAAAAUUGGUUUGUUUUGGUGGUAUUUUAAUUUCAAUUUUAGGUGUUUUAACAAGUUUAUUUAAAUUUAGAAAUAAUUCAAAACAACAACAACAAUCAUCAUCAUCAUCUCAACAAAAACUACAAAAAUCAAAGAAAAAUCAAAUUAUAAAUUCAAUUUUAAUCAUAUCAAUUUUAUUAUCAAGUUUCAUAGUUUAUACUACAGAUUCAUCAUUAGAGAAAAAGAUUGGUUUACCAUUCAUUAAUCAACUCUUAAGUUGGAUCUUAUUGGUAUCAGGUGUUCUCAUUUUAGCAAUCUAUAGAGGUAAAGGAUUUUAUGACCAUUGGACUUUCUUAUGUCUUAGUCUUUCAAUUCCAUUCCUUUUAUUAUCAAUCUCUUAUGAAGUACUCUUUUUUGGAAAUUUAAUUUUAAAUUUAACACUUUGGAUGUAUUUUGAAUUAAAGGUUGAUAAUGAUCAUACAAUUCCAAAAUUAGUUUCAAUAACUCCAAAUUCUGAACCUUCAACUUCUCUUUCUUUCUCAAAAUCUGCUUCAAAAUCAAAUUUAAUGAAUAUUACUCAACAUGAUAUCAGAAGAGCUAUAUUUUAUAUUUUCUUUUGCUAUGUAGGAUUUUUUGGAGUUGGUAAUAUCGCAAGUAUAAGUAGUUUUGAAAUUUCAUCAACUUAUAGAUUUACAACCAUUUUUAGACCAUUUUUAAUGGGUGCAUUAUUAUUGGUAAAGAUUUUCAUUCCAUUAUUAUUGGUAGCAAUUUCAUUCUCUUUGUUGAAUAACAAUUUGAAUGUUCCAAGACCUGGUAGUUUCUUAAUUGUAAUUGCCUUAACCGAUAUAAUGAGUAUCAAUUUCUUUUUCUUGGUUAAAGAUACUGGUAGUUGGUUAGAAAUUGGUGUUAGUAUUAGCCAUUAUGCAAUUUCAAACGCUUUUAUUAUACUUCAAUUAUUAUUAUUCGCCGUUUCCGCUUUAUUAGUACCAACAACAUUAAAAUAUAUUAAUAAUAAUAGUAAUAAUAAUAACAAUACAAUAAAAUCAAAAUAA